AUCAAACAAAUUGUUGUGGCUUUUUCCAAUUAAAAUUAAAUGUAUCCAAUACAUUAGAAUGGAUUGGUAACCCUGAAAUUUUCGAUAGUUGUUUAAAGUUUGGUGUCAUCUGUCAAAUCGUCUUGGCGUUGAUAUAACGUUGUGAUUGAACGUUGACGUUAAAAUGGUUUAUGGUGUACUAAUAUAAAGAGAUAUAAUACUCAAUAAAGUGAAGCAAAAUGGCAGUGGGGACAACAAAAGUUGUCCAGGUGACCAACAUCGCACCCCAGGCAACCAAAGAUCAAAUGCACAUUUUGUUCAGUUAUUUGGGCAAAAUAGAGGACAUCAGGCUUUAUCCUACUAUCAGAGAUGUGUCCUGUCCAGUUCAGUCAAGAAUCUGCUACAUUAAAUUUGUAGAUGCGAGUACAGUGGGCAUAGCCCAACACAUGACCAACACUGUUUUCAUUGACAGAGCCCUCAUAGUUAUACCAGUGCAGAAUGGUGAAAUUCCAGAUGAAUAUUACGCGCUAGAAAUGACCAGAAAUGGAACUAUUGUGCCGGGUUUAAACGUAAAUGAACCAAAAAUGCCUCCACAUGUAGUGAAUUCAGUGCAAGGGGUUGGGGCUGACCAAGUGAUUGUUACAACAGACCCACAACUAGAAAUGAAUGGUUUACCUGUUUAUCCACCUUUACCUUCCAACUAUGACAGUUCUAAAAUUGAAGAAACCAGAAGAACGAUUUUGGUCCAAAAUGUAAGUCCUGACACAACAAAUGAGGAGCUUAUUGACUUUUUCAGUGUUGCCGGAGAGGUAAAAUACCUCAGAAAAUGUACACAACAAUCUGAUCCAUCUGUCUCACAUAUAUUGGUUGAAUUUUCUGACCAACCAAGUGUAAUAAAUGCAUUGAAACUAAACAAAACAGAAUUCAAAGGUAGCUCAAUUGACAUACAGCAUGCUACUCAGCCCAUAGUGAAACCACAAGCCAAAAGUAAUGAAGCUGCCCAAAAAGAAAUUGAAGAGGCAAUGUCACGAUUCAAAGAAGCCCAGAACAUGAUCAGUGCAUCUAUUGAACCUGUUAUAGGCAUGCUCACUAAAGACAAAAGAAGCUCCAGACGGACCAGGUCGAGAUCAAGGGGUAGAAGAAGGCGGUCGCGUUCCAGGUCGAGGUCUAGAAGGAGGUCCCGUUCGAGACGAAGGCGUUCAACGUCACGUUUGAGACGAUCGCGUUCCAGGGACAGAAGACGACGUAGCAAAUCGAGAUCGAGACGUAGGUCCCACUCGCGUUCGAGACGUUCCAGGUCGAAAAGUUCGAGAAGCAGUAGAAGAUCAAGGUCGAAGUCGUCGACACGUAAACGGAAAAAUAGGGAAUCUAGGGCGCGAUCCAAAGGCAGAGACUCUAGAGCGAGAUCUAAAGGUAGAGAUUCCAGAGCCAAAUCCAGGGACAGGGAAUCAAGGGCUCAUUCAAAGGAGAGGGAAUCUAGGGCACGAUCCAAGAGUAGGUCCAAAGAUCGUGAAUCGAGGGCGAGGUCAAAAGACAAUGAGUCUAGGUCUAAAGGCUCUGAUUCUAAAGGGAAGUCACGAGCUAGAUCUAAAGAAAGGGAGUCUAGAUCAAAGGAUUUGGAUGUUAGGGCUAGAUCAAAAGACAAGGAAUCAAAGUCGAGGGAUGGAAAGCGUAAAGACAAAAAGCAUAAGGACAAAAGAGAUAAAGAAAUUACUGAGGAAUUAACAGAAAAAAGAAUAUCUCGAUCAAGAAGCAAAAGCAAAAGACGUUCCAGAUCUAGAGAUCGAAAAGGUAAAGAUAAGCAAAGGUCGAGAUCUCAAGGUAAAAAGAGGUCGCCAUCUCCAAAGUCUAGUCGCAAAAGAAGUAGGUCCAGAAGUCGCGAACGCAAGCGCGACAAAAGAGAAAAACGUGAGAAGUCUAGAUCAAAAUCUAGAUCAAAAGUUCCAAGGAAUUAUGAUGAAGAAGAGAAAGGUUUUGAUGACAAAGAUAAACACAGAGAGGACGGAAUUCACUCAGAAGAUGCAGAGGAAAAAUCUGAUAACAUGGACAUUUCAAACUCACCAUAAGCAUGUAGUUACUUAAGCAGAAUGUUAUCAAGCUUAAAAAAUUUAAAUUUCAUUUAUAUUGUUUAAUUAAAACCAAUUUUUUCUUUUAAGUUUUUAACUAUUAAUAUGAUUUGUGAUUUAUUUAAAAUAAACUAUAUUGAUAGAA